AUGCACCCACCGACGAUGCUGCUCGAGCUCUGGGAGGAAACUGGUGUACAGUUCGGUCGGUCCAGGAGAAAGCCCGAUAAAAAGAAAACGACUAAGCCCACAGAAAAAAGUUCGCAUACGGAACUCCUAUUGAAGUCGCCUGCUCCACCUCGUCGCCGUCCUCCUCCUCCACCACUACCACAACCACCUUUGCUGAGGUCGUCCACAUUGGCAGUGGGAGGGGAAGACUUGUUGCAACGGGAAAGCCCGGCUGAAGAAGUCACCAUGUUGCGUAGUCAAACAGCUCGGAACAACUGGAAGCGUUUGGCCAGGAAAGCUAGUGAACGACACAAAAAAGAGCUCGUCAAUGGCAACAGUGAAGCUCCGCCACCUCGCCCUACCGCGCAGGUACAGCCGAAACGGCUGUCGUUCCAACCUGAGGAAGAAGAAGGUGCACCGCCACCAUUGAUGCAAUGUCUUUCGGCACUCAGCACUACUGAGAACACUUUACUAGAGAGCAAGUUGAAGAGGAGGUAA